AGAAAAAGCAAAAGCUGCUGUUUACUGGAACAUCUCAAUGGAUGUGAAAUGGGACACCUGUGAUGUGGACGCAAAUAUCAUGGAAAAAACUGUAAAUAUUAAGGAGGACAACUGUGAGUGGGAGUCCAUCUACAUUAAACAGGAAAGUCUGAGCAUCAAGGAGGAGGACAGUAAACUGCAGCCAGUGAGCAUUAAAGAAGAACCUGAAGAGAAGUCUGUCAAUAUUGAGACACAUAACCGUACAAAUAUGGACAGUGUAAAAGAAGACAACCUUCAAGAUGGAGUGGUGACCAGGUUAGACUCUUCUUAUAGCAGACACUGUUCAUCUCCAGAGGCUUCUAUCAAUGUGAAGUCUGAAUCAUUAGAGUUUGAACCAAAGAGGGCUGUGGAAACUACAUCUGUUAGAGCUCAGAAAAAUAAGCGACCAUCUUCAAAGAAGUCUGGAAAAAGAAAGAAAGAUCACUGCAGUGUGGAAUGUGGCAGAAAAUUCUCUAACAGGAGUGCUCUUCAGAAACACAUGAGAGGUCACACCGGAGAGAAGCCAUAUUGCUGUAAUGAAUGUGGCAAACAGUUUUCACAAAUGAGCAAUCUUCAGAACCACACGAGAGUUCACACCGGAGAGAAGCCAUAUAGUUGUAAUGAAUGUGGCAAACAGUUUUCACAAAUGAGCAAUCUUAAGAUACACACGAGAGUUCACACCGGAGAGAAGCCAUAUUGCUGUAAUGAAUGUGGCAAACAGUUUUCCUAUAUGAGCAAUCUAAAGAGACACACGAGAGUUCACACCAGAGAGAAGCCAUAUUGCUGUAAUGAAUGUGGCAAACAGUUUUCCGAGAUGGGCAGUCUCCAGAUACACACAAGAGUUCACACCGGAGAGAAGCCAUAUUGCUGUAAUGAAUGUGGCAAACAGUUUUCCUAUAUGAGCAAUCUUCAGAUACACACGAGAGUUCACACCGGAGAGAAGCCAUAUUGCUGUAAUGAAUGUGGCAAACAGUUUUCCGAGAUGGGCAGUCUCCAGAUACACACGAGAGUUCACACCGGAGAGAAGCCAUAUUGCUGUAAUGAAUGUGGCAAACAGUUUUCAAAAAUGAGCCAUCUGAAGGACCACACUAGAGUUCACACCCGAGAGAAGCCAUAUUGCUGUAAUGAAUGUGGCAUACAGUUUUCAUAUAUGAGCAAUCUUCAGAGACACACGAGAGUUCACACUGGAGAGAAGCCAUAUUGCUGUAAUGAAUGUGGCAAACAGUUUUCAUAUAUGAGCAAACUUCAGAGACACACAAGAGUUCACACCAGAGAGAAGCCAUAUUGCUGUAAUGAGUGUGGCAAACAGUUUUCACAGAUAGGCAGUCUUCAGAGUCACACAAGAGUUCACAAAAGAAUAAAAACAGUAGCAGUUCAAAAAUCAGUCCAGAAAAACAAGAACCCUUCAGGACUCAAGAGUGAGGUUCAGUCGUGUCCUGAAAACUAAGCAAACUAAACUAUUGUUGAGAAAUGAAUC